ACAUCAUCACUUGCAGCUUCACAAGCAAACUAAAACACAGCAGCUAAAGGCACAGCUCUCCAGCAUUCAUCCAGAAAGAAGAGAAGGAACCAAGCCAACAGCCAACCAUGAUCAGCGCCAAGAGGGUCGCUCAUCUGGCUAAGAAAUGGCAGAGGAUGGCUGCACAAGGGAGGCAGCGCCUCACCUGGGGCGGCGCAGGCGCGGCAGCAAAGCAAGCCGGCGAGAGCUGCAGCUCAGUGGCGAGCAAGGGCCACUGCGCCGUGUACACGGCCGACGGGGCGCGGUUCGAGGUGCCCCUGGCGUGCCUCAGCACCCCUGUCUUCAGGGAGCUCCUGCAAAUGUCGCAGGAGGAGUUCGGCUUCUCCGGCGGCGAUGGCAGUGGCAGGAUCACGCUGCCCUGCGACACGGCGGUCAUGGAGUACGCCAUGUGCUUGCUCAGGAGAAGCGCCUCUGCUGAGCUAGAGCAGGCGUUCCUUAGCACCGUGGCGGCAACGUCGUGCUGCCACUACGCCAGCCGUGUGGCGCUGGCGACGUGCGUAGGAGCCAGCCUGCGGGUUGCUGUUUAGUGAUGUUCAGUGUAGUGUAUAGGUAGUAGAUAAAGUAUUAUUAUUCGGAGCCUUCUGAUCCUGCAACUGAUCAAGUAAGGUGUUAGUGUUCUGUACGUAUGUAUGAUUCGCUGGAUAUGAUUGGCUUAUGGAAAUUGUGAGGACUACUUACAU